GGCAUACAUGUCUUGUGGAUGUUAGUAAAAAACUUGAAAUGGAUUAAGUAAUCAAAGUGAAAGAGAAAUAAAUAUUCAGUUUCUAUCAGUAAGACAUCUAAUUUUACAUAGUUUAGUACUUUUAAUGUUGUAUUCGUUAUCUUCACUUGUUCAUUAAUAUUGCGUAUAUUCUUCCUGUUUCAGGAAUCAGUUAAGUCACAACACCUAUUUAUCCUCAAGUGCUGCAGAAACGUUGAGAGGUAUUGACGCUGAAACAAUAGCUGAAUACAAGUGUCUGCCAUGUGUUUUUGCUGGACGCUGACAGAGUGUAGGCCAUUCUUCAAGUCCACACCAUGAUACAGGCACUCUGGGAUGCCUCUGAUUGUAAAAACUGUUUCUCCAGUAUGAGUGAAGAUGAAAAUGGCACUGUAUCAUUCCAGUUCAAUACCCACACAUUAAAAUUCCUGGAACAGUAUGACAAUUUUACAGAUUGUAUCGAGAAAUACACGAAUGGUAUUUAUCCAGAUUUUACGUUCAUCAAUUCAACAGUUUGCAGUGCAUGUGAACACAAAUAUAGAGAACCCAAUCUUCACUUUGUGAACAUGAGGAAAAUCUAUAAUGGUAAAAUAUGCAUGGAUCUCGUUGAUAUGAUGAAUUACACGCGUUUAAUGUGGGGAGGGGAGCGAGAUCUCAACUGUACGCGACACUUGAAGGACGACAUGGUGGUGCUCCUCACCAGCUUCAUUCUCCUGACUGUGCCGUUUCUGUUUUAUGGAGCCAGCUGUAUUUGUGGGAAAAGAAGAAAACUCAAACUCAUGACACAAAAAAGAUUAAAGAAAAGAAUUUCUGUAGAAGUGUCAUUUGUAAACCAUUCAGAGACGAACAAUGUUAACCAUGUCCACAGUUAGUUCUGGAAUCUUAGGGAGAAAGACGGGCGAGAAGCACUUAAGGAGAACGAGGAAAUUGUUAACUCCAUCCGAUCCUCAUAGUCAUACUAACCGUAAUUUUUCAAUGAAUAGACCGGUACAGACAAUCAACAUGCCUGUUACUAGACAAAAUCUGUUUCCUCUGUUCCUGAAAUUGUUGUUAUACACCCGUCUUAUGACGGCCAUAUUAUGGUAUGGACAUUCCUGUCUGUCAGUCCGUCAGUCAAAUAUUUUUUGUGUGUGGUCAUAUCUUUCAGACUCUGAGACUUCGGACUAUCAAACCUGGUCAGCUGGUGUAUAGGGGGGUGGGUGGGGGGAUGGGUGGGUGGUGUACAUGUGUUGUGACCCAAAAAUAGGUCACUGUAUCUUCCUUCUAGAAUUUGAUGGCAAUACAUAUUAAAAUUGUCUUUGGAUCAUGUCUUGCACAAUUUGAGGCCUAGGACCAUCAAGCUUGGUCAGUUAAUGCAUCUUGGGAGGCGGACCUCCAUGAAACCCGGUCUGCUGUAGAACUUGUAGUAUGUAAACAUAGAUAUGUAUUGUACACAUGUAAUUCCCGAUGGGUGUAUCAUCUACCCUAGCGAUACACUAUACAAUCAUAAACUCAUAUUUUCUGUAACUUUUCCCAGGAAAAGUUGGAAUGGAACUGUGUAGAAUCUCCUUAAGAAUGUUCACUCCUGAGCACAAAUGUCUUGAGACAGUUUUGUAAAGUGUAUUUAUAUUAUCUACAUGUAUAAUGAAUUACAUGAUAAGUACAAUAUGAAUUAAUGGAUCAGAUGGCUUAACAACCAGGAGAUCCAUGUUCGAUUCUAGAACCCUGCACUGCGUCAAAGUGACCACUCCUUCUCCACGUGCCUGGCGUUACAAACGAGAGUCAUGGUUCUUUUGAAUGCGACUUUGGAAAUGGAGGUUCCAUGUCACAAUAAGUGUUGGCAUAAUAAAGAACUCAUUGUUUCGGCUGGAAGCGCCAUGUAUGGGUCAUGGUUUGUGACACAAUUUCACCUAAAGGUGGUGAUGUCUGAGAGAAAAAUUCUUGAAUGGGAUGUAAAAUAACAUACUAACAAACAAAUAAAACCUAGAAUUUUGAAAACAUAUUACUGAUUGAACCUAUCUCCGAAGUAUAAAAUGUUUCUUUAACCUAAGAAUUUUCAAUGAUUUAUAGUGAAAAAGAAUAAAAGACAAAAUUGUGCUCAAAUAUCCACCUACCCCUAAAUACCACCAGCUGUAAAACGUAGUUCCAAUUAUUUCAUGUAGAGCAACAAGAUUUAAAACUUUUUAGAUUUGAAAUCAGAGGAUAGAUUUUGUUAGUGUAUUAGAUAUUGGUUAUGACCAAAAAACAUUGUUUUGUGCAGUGUUAAAAUUAAUUUUAUGGUAAAGGACAAAGGGUAGUGACAAAAAUACCAGUACUCGGAGAUUUUUUUCGUUCAUAAAACAUAAAAUGUGCAAUGCAGUUUAAGGGGGAAUACAAUAUCAUCAUAAUGAUACUUUUGAAACUUGAAUGAAUAUAUAAAUAUCAACAAUAUAUGUAUAUUCCUUUUAAAUCUAGUCACCUAGCUUGGUAGCUCAAUAGGUUUACGGGUUGACUACCGAUUUUUAAUUCAUUCAUUCAAGUGUAGCAGGUUUUUACUUUUUUUUUCUUUGAUUGUUUCUACUAAAACUACAUUUUUUCACUAAAUUAGGGAAAUUUGAAAAUUUUGCAUUCAGUUGUACAUAUCGACCACUCUUCAUCCAUAUCAGAUUUCUCUGGUGUUAUCCCUCCUUAUAAUGGGGAAAUACAUUGAGAUGUAUUUAUUUGCUUAUGAAUAUAGAUAUUGUGUUUUAGCUUCAGUUUUCAUGCCUUUGUUCUUUUAAUUAUUAUAUUGUUUUGUUUUAAUGAGAAAAUCAUUACGUAUUUGAAUGUUACUGAAUGGGAUUUUGUAUUCACGAUAUUGCAUGUUUUCUGCGUAAAUUGUGUGCUUAUGUUUGUUCAUGACACGACAAGAAAUGACUUUACAGAACAACGAUGUUUCCCUCUGCAUAUUGACUAAUACCCAUCAGAUAACGUAUUUAUUAUAUAUAUGCCUUCAUUUUUAUGGGGUUUUUUUUCAACUGAAAAUUAAACAUUCCAAACAUAUA